CGUCGUCACCGCCGUCGUCGUGGCCGUCGUCGUCAUCAUCUUCUUCUCCUUCUUCUUCCUGGAAAACCCUAGGGAGCGUCCCCGAUCAUGCUCCGACGAUGAACCACCGGUGCCCCGUCAGGGCACUCUCUCGCGCCCUAUCGCGAGCCCUGACUACUGCAACGACGGCGGCGGCGUCGCAAGCACCGACGCCCUCGACUUUCCCGCUCAAGAACGUGACCAGGUCCAACUUCGAGCCCGCGCUCGAGUCCCUGAGGGACCAUGUCAGGGCGGCGGACUUCGUGGCGGUCGACCUCGAGAUGACCGGGGUCACGAGCGCCCCGUGGCGGGAGUCGUUCGAGUUCGACCGCUACGACGUCAGGUACCUGAAGGUCAAGGAUUCGGCCGAGAAGUUCGCCGUCGUCCAGUUCGGCGUGUGUCCCUUCCGCUGGGAUCCGCAGGAGCUCUGCUUUGUCGCUUACCCGCACAAUUUCUAUAUUUUCCCUCGGCAAGAGUUGUCAUUUGAUGACCCAGCAGCUUAUGAAUUCCACUGCCAGACUGCCUCAGUCGACUUCUUGGCGAAAUACCAGUUCGAUUUCAACAUGUGCAUACGGGAAGGAAUAUCUUAUUUAUCCAGAGAACAAGAAAAUGAGCUGCUGAGACAUCUGGAGGAGUCAUCAUGUUCCCGGCUUAAACAUAAGGAAUUCAGAGAUGUACCUUUGAUCAGCAUGGCAGAUGUUCUCUUCAGUGAGAGAAUAAAGAACCGAAUGAAGAAAUGGCGUGAUGAGUUGUUACAUGACAGAAAUUGUGAAAUACAGUUCAGUGAGAGCUCAAAUGACUCAAAACAGCAAAUUCAAACCAUUUUCUAUAGAGCGCGCCCUGCUCUUGCCCUUAGUGGGUUCACCGCGCAUCAGCUCAGGUUGAUUCAGCAGGUUACAAGAAAUCACUUUGAAGAUAUUGUAUAUGUUUGUGCGAAUGUUCAAAACUCUUGUCUCCAACUGUUGCUUGUGUAUAGCGACUGCAACACCGAUAAGGACCUUCUAAUGAAAGAGGUGGACGAUGAGAACUGCAGAGGAGAAGAGUUAAAGAUUCGUUCGGCAGUUGGAUUUCGUCAUGUUAUUGACCUUUUAUCUUCCGAGCAGAAAUUGAUUGUUGGUCAUAAUUGCUUUCUUGAUGUUGCCCAUAUAUAUAGGAAAUUCUUUGGUCAGCUUCCCUUCGCUGCAGAAGAGUUUGUCUCUUCUGCUAACAAGCACCUCCCAUAUAUCAUUGACACCAAAGUUCUUUUGAAUUCAAGUGACAUACUUAAGUACUGGAUGAGGAAGUCUAAAACAUCUCUGUCCUCAUCAUUUGUCAGAUUGUGCCCUCAAAUUGCUCUAGGUUACAUGAGUACCGAUUUGGCUUCAAAAACUUGCGUGAGAGUGGAGGUUCAAGUAGAUGAUGUGAGGGCCUCCAGCUGGGAUGCCGGGGCCAAGCAUGAGGCAGGGUAUGAUGCUUUCAUGACUGGUUGUGUCUUUGCACAGGCAUGCUCUCAUCUCGGCAUUAAGUUCCAUCCUCGUUCUUCUUCCGAAAUUUUGGCACGUGAUGAAACGCUUGAGAAAUAUGUCAAUCGUCUGUUUCUCAGUUGGAACAAUCAAGACAUUAUUAACUUAAGCACCGGCAGUGUGACUGAGAAUUCUGUUGGAUCAACUUACUGCAAGAACCGAUACUCGAGAAUUUUGUUUGAGAACAUUAUCUUGAUUUGGGGAUUCCCACCCAAACUCAAGGCAAGGGAGAUAAAGGAAUGCAUCUCCAAAGUUUUUGGCCCAACCUCUGUUACUUCUGUCUACUCUUUGGAUAAAACUACAGUUUUCGUUCAAUUCAAGGAGCCAGAGUCGGUCUCUGAUUUUCUGGGCUUGAAAGAAACUUUAGAGAGAAAUGAUGAUGCAAUCUCCAUUCUGAAUCCUUUAUGGAGACUGUUGGAGGGAGGAAACACUUGUGCGGCUGAUUAUGAGACGUACAAAGAAAUUUGCAGCUCCCCUGUAUCUAAGGUCUAUUUUUCAGAUCAGGCGAGGGCAGUUGGGAUUAAAUGGAAGACCAAAUUGCUCAAUUCUGAAGUGCCGGGGGAGGAAGGGAUCCAAAAACAAGGUGAUACAAAUUUGAGCCUAGAAAGUGCAGCAGGGGAUUAUGUUUUGGAUAAAACCAACGUGAAGAGCAAAAAGAGCGCAUCAGACGAUAUGAACCGUCGGAGUUUCUCAUGUGGGGAGAUCCUUGAUUCUCUUUGCGCCCACGAAGUCGAGCGGGUUAGGACUUACUAAUUCCUGAUCAAGCAGAGGGUCUAAGUUUCAAUUCAUUCCCGCUUCAACUCGAAAUUUGCUUUUCCAUACUGAUUAUCUUGUUGUAACACUGAUCUGAGCGCCCUUCCGUUCAUGGUCAAGGGCAUUAGUUCUUCUGUUUCGGUAA